AUGACUACAUAAAUAAAAGUGAAUAGUAAGAAAUUUUAAGAUUUUUACAAAAUUAAGAAAGAUAUAUUCUUUGGAGAAGGAUAUUUUGGAUAAGUUUAUGCUUGUGAGAAAAUAGAUGAUCCAGAUAAAUAAAAAUAUUGUGUAAAAAUUAUUCCGAUUGCACAAAAAAAAAAAGAUGUAAAAGGUUCUAAAUAUGAAGAAGUCAUUAGCACUGCGUUGAAAAAUUAUUCUUAAAAUAAAAAAGAAUUUUUAAAUUUUGUUUAAAUAUAUGAUACUUUUAAAAAUGAUGAAGAAUUAUAUAUUGUGAUGGAAUAAUGUGAUGAAGAUCUGUCUAAAGAAUUUGAAAGAAUGCAGAAAAAAAAUAUUUGGUAUACUGAGGAAGAGGUCUUUAAUAUUAUCAGACAAACAAUUACAGGUUUCUAAUAGUUAUAUAAUUUGAAUAUUAUACAUAGAGAUAUAAAGCCAGAAAAUAUACUAAUAAAAAAAGAAAAGAAUUCAUAAAAAAAAAUAUAUAAAGUAUAUUAAUAUAUUUAUGUAUAAGAUUGGAGAUUUUGGAGUUGGAAGAUUGGUAGAAGAUAUAAAUAACUAAGAUGAAAAAUUAACAAGAAUUGGAACUUUAAAUUAUAUGUCUCCUUAAUUGAUAUAUAAUGAAAUUGCAACUGCUAAAUGUGAUAUAUUUUCUUAUGGAAUUUUAUUUUAUUAAAUUUGCUAUAAAGGUGAAUUACCUUAUGAUUGUAGCUCAAUCAUCAAAUUUAAUAAAAGCUUAACAUCAUUAAAAGAAAAACCUUUUAAAACUCCUCCUCUUGGAUAUAGCAGAGCUGAUGUAUUAAAAGAUUUAAUUGAAAAAAUGAUUGUUUAUGAAGAAAGCUAAAGAGCUUCAUUUGAAGAAAUCUUUAAUCAUUAAGUCAUGUUUGUAAGAGGAAUACAAGAAACUCAAUUAUUUUCACAAGUUAUUAGCUCAUAAUUAAUUGAAUCAAAUAUUAAUCUUAACUUAAAUUAAUAAUCAUAAUAAGAGAAAAAUAAAAUACAAGCUAUCACUUAAGAUUUUUAAAUGUAUUAAAGAUUACUAGAGGUAUUUUAUAACAGAUUUAAGAUAUGUUCAUAUUUUAACUAACAAAUUGAUUGUAAUUAAUAAAACUAUUAUUUGCACUUAAUCAUCUAUUUGAUAGCUAAAUAACAAUUAGAAUAUGCUCUUGCAAUUAUUUAUAUUAGACCUUAAGAUAUACAUCCCAUAAUCUUAGAAGAUAAUCACGAAUUAAGUUUGAUCUAAAAAUUAUAUUAAAUUUAAACAGCUCUUCAAGAUCAUAGACAGAAUUUUUUCGAAUUUUUAGAUUAUCGAUAACUUAUUUAGGCUACUUUUCAUAAAUUUUUAAAAAAAUUAUUUGCUUUCUAAAAUGAAAUUUAAUUAAAAUUAGUUAAUUCAGCAAUCAAAUAAGAUGAAGAAUUUGUUAAGAUAAUUAGAGAAUCACAAUUUCAGAAAAUUGAAAUAUCUUAAUUAAUUAAGAGUUUAAAAAAUAUUCAAAAAUCCAAAUCAAUAUCCUUAUAAAAAGACUUAUAAGAACUUUUAGAUAAAAUUAUUGAUUUUGAUAACAAAUAUCCAAUAAGUCUAUACAAAAGUGACAUUGAUUUAAAGGAAAUUUUUCCAUUUUAAAUCUAAUCUUAUAUUUAUUGA